UUUCUCUCUUUAUUCUCCAGCACUGAUUAGUUUAUAACUUGAUCUGAUGAAGACAACUGCAAACUCAGCUUUCAAGCUGAUGUCAAUUAGUUAUCACCUCAAUUCAAGCUUUGUUUAUUGUUCCAGCCAGGCUCAUCACCUGCUGCAAUUACACCUAACACCACCACUCACCAUCCUCUGACUUCUGCUGCUCCCCUCAAAGCCAUUAUUCCAUCUCAGUCAAUAAUUGAUUCUUCCAGCUUCUUGCAAUUUGGGUGUUCUCCAGUUUUAGGGUUUUGAAUUUUGCUUCUUCCCAUAAUGGGGAAGGAGACGAAGAGGAUAGUGGAUGAGUACGAAAUAGCAGAAGUCCUAGGCAGGGGAGGAUUCUCAGUGGUGAGAAGAGGUAUCAGGAGAACCUGCAGUAGUGAUGGAGAAAAAACAGGGGCAAGCCAUGUCGCCAUCAAAACCCUCAAGAGGCUCCUGGCCCCUUCAGUUCCCGGGCCGCCGGCGGCAGCCCUCCCGCCGUGGAAGCACCAGGCUUCGGUUUCUGAUGCUCUGCUCACGAACGAGAUCCUGGUCAUGAGGAAAGUUGUGGAGAAAGUCUCCCCUCAUCCAAACGUGAUUGACCUUUACGAUGUGUACGAGGAUCAGAACGGGGUUCAUCUUGUUCUGGAGCUCUGCUCAGGCGGCGAGCUGUUUGAUCGAAUUGUGGGGAGGCACGACAGGUACUCGGAGCGGGAGGCGGCGACCGUCGUCAGGCAGAUUGCUGGAGGUUUGGAUGCUCUUCAUAGUGCGAAUAUUGUGCACAGGGACUUGAAGCCUGAGAACUGCUUGUUUCUGAAUGAGAAGGAUGAUUCUGCGCUUAAGAUAAUGGAUUUUGGGCUGAGCUCUGUGGAGGAGUUCACUGAUCCUGUUGUUGGGUUGUUUGGUUCCAUUGAUUAUGUAUCGCCUGAGGCGCUCGCCCAGGGAAGGAUCUCUUCCAAGAGUGAUAUGUGGUCUUUGGGAGUCAUCUUGUACAUUUUGCUGUCAGGGUAUCCGCCUUUCAUUGCGCAGUCGAACAGGCAGAAGCAGCAGAUGAUACUUGCGGGUGAUUUCCGUUUUGACGAGCGGAGUUGGAAGCAGAUCACAUCAUCUGCAAAGCAAUUGAUCACUGACCUUCUGCAAGUUGAUCCAAACAGAAGACCAAGUGCUCAAGAUGUUCUUAAUCAUCCAUGGGUGACAGGAGACUCAGCCAGAGAGGAACAAAUGGACCCGGAGAUAGUCACAAGGCUGAAGAGGUUCAAUGCGCGAAGAAAGCUCCGCGCUGCAGCCAUAGCUAGUGUGUGGAGCAGCACAAUUUUCCUGAGGACCAAGAAGCUUAGAUCUCUGCUGGGAUCUCAUGAUCUUACUGAGAGUGAGCUAGAGAACCUCAGAGCACAGUUCAAGAAACUAUGUGCGAAGGGUGACAAUGCAACUCUAUCAGAGUUCGAGGAGGUGCUCAAGGCAAUGAAGAUGUCCUCAUUAGUCCCUCUGGCGCCUCGAAUCUUCGAUAUGUUUGACAACAACCGAGAUGGGACGGUUGACAUGAGGGAGAUCCUCUGUGGGUUCUCAAGCCUGAAGAACUCCACAGGAGAUGAUGCCCUGCGUUUAUGCUUCCAGAUGUACGACACAGAUAGGUCUGGGAGCAUUACAAAGGAAGAAGUAGCCUCCAUGCUUCGUGCCUUGCCGGAGGAAUGCCUGCCAGCAGACAUUACAGAACCUGGGAAGUUGGACGAGAUAUUUGACAGGAUGGAUGCCAACAACGACGGGGAAGUGACUUUCGAAGAGUUUAAGGAUGCUAUGCAGGUCGACAGCUCUCUCCAGGAUGUUGUCCUCUCAUCUCUACGCCAAAAAUAGAAAGCUCCCAGCUUUUGGAAUGACAGGAGUGCCCUAACCAGAACUUGAUAUCCAGCAACUUGCAUUAUGUUACCAAGGCACAUAAGGUUGCUGUGGAUGGAGGGUGUUUCAAAUGACUGGAAUAGAGGAAUACGAGUCAUUCGCAUCAAUCUAAUCCGUUUGUAAUUUUUAGAUGUGGACUUACCUCAGCUGAUUGAGCAGCUUUAGUUACUAUAUUACUUCCUAAUUUCAUAUCAUAUACAAUUCAAUGUGAACUCUACAUAUUUUGCUUUACCACAGUUUUAUUUUAAUACUUUGGC